GUUUUGGGUCCUGGAGCUCGGGGCCCGUUUCAGAGGACCAUGUCCAUGGACGGGAAGCCUUCCGCUGCGCCUGGCGGAGCAGGUAGACGGCCCAUGCUCAUCAAGCAGGAGAAGAUGAUGGGCAGUCCUGACAGCUACCCAGGAAACAUGGGACCGAUGAACAGAGGCGUUGUCCCGCAGAGGUCUCCCAUGGGGGGGUCAGGAGACUGGGGCAUGCCCUGCUCUAAUGCCAGCCCUGCAGGUUCAACAGGACACCCGUCCAUGAUGCGCCCCGCCAUGGAGUACAACAGCAGCAAGAACAUGAUGUCCGGCCCCAUGGUCAACCGCUCCAACAGCGUCCCCGGCUCCAGGUCCAUGCUGCAGCAGCAGCUCAUGGAUAUGGGUGGGUCUGGGGACAUGGGGAUGGGAAUGAGCCCCUUCAGCCAGCAGGGCCAGCCCACCCAGUCCCCGUCCUGGCCCGACUCCAUGAUGAGCAUGGAGGGCAGCAGGCGGCAGUUUGGAAACUCCUUGGACGACCUUCUGGUUCCUCCCACCACCAGUGAAGGUCAGAGCGAUGAGCGGGCGCUCCUGGACCAGCUGGACUCGCUGCUGAAUAACACGGACGGCAUCGCUUUGGAGGAAAUCGACCGGGCUCUGGGCAUCCCGGACCUGGUCAGCCAG